AUGGUGGAGGGUGGAUUACUCGUGGAUGCGUUUAAUCCGUUACAGUCGGAGCGAUACGAUCUCUUCAAACGAGCCAAACUACGAAAGGAGACGCUGCGGAGAAUCGUCAACCAUGCUCUGUCACAAUCGGUGCCAGCUAGCGUGGUGACAACGAUUAACGGCUUCACCAAGGUCUUUGCGGGCGAGAUUAUCGAAAAGGCUCGAACGGUGCAGGCGGAAUGGGCCGAAGCUCAUGACCAGGCGGCCCUCGCAGCAGCCGCCGCCGCCGCCGCCGCCGCAACACCAGCCCCUACGAGUACGACCCAUCAUCCUGGAGUGGUCAAGCCACAAGGAAUGAUAGACAGAGGCGGAUCACUGCUGACGACGACUGCUGCCAAAAGUGAAAUGAAGUUACCCCCCAAUCCGCAUCGGGGGCAACUGCUUCCGGCCCAUUUGAGGGAAGCGCUUCGGCGGUAUAAGCGAGAUGGGGAAGGAGGGGGCGUUGGAUUCUCCGGAUUGAGUAUGGGCAAUCUGGGGGUUCGGGGGUCGGUGACUUGGGCUGCAGGUAGUGUCGGAGGACGGCGCAUCUUUCGCUAAAAGGUCCAAAGUUCAUGAAUCAUGAUGGGGAAUUAGUGGCAUUGGGAAAUGAUGAAGGGCUUGUGAGGGAAAAGGACUGCCAAGAAAGACCCAGUAUUAUUUCCUACUGCGGGUAACCAAACCCUGGCUGGGCGGCGGCUGUCAUUUGAGAGCGAGUCUGUCGGUGGUCUCUUUUCUCCAUUUUACUUUUUUUACAUUUUUUUUUACAUUUUGCCGAUUGCCGAAGCAGCAGCAACAUAACACUAUGGUGACAGGUCAAAGAUGGCGAGGUUUGGGACUAAUAAACCGUCUGUCUCCAGUAUAGUAUUAGUGGAAGACUGACUCUUAUUGAUCAACGACAUUCACGCAAGAAAGAAGGGAGGG